AUGAAACAAGCCGGCAACGUGAAGGGGCGGCGGAUCUACGACAGAAUCUUCGGGACCGCCAAGAUCUACCAGAAAGGCUCCACAGAUGCUUUCGAGACCGGAGUCCGAGAUUCCAGCGGGAUCGACUCCAGCGAUUAUGUCGAUGGCAUGUCGGUGACCAUCGGUUCUCCUCGUCUUCACAUCUUCACCUUGGCCCUGGGGACUUCUUACGACACUGCCCUGGGGACAGGUGGCAUGUGCCCCUGCGAUGCUGUAACGCAAAGUGCCCAAUGUGGGGGGGACCCGGUCCCUGGCUUCCUGAGUGGAGAGGCCGUGAGUUGUGACUCCGGGACCUUCGGGACGGCGAGCUUGGCCUGGGGUAGCAGAUUGGUGCAGACGGCUUUUGAUGUGGCGGUCUCUGUGACGUCAGCGCACUUGGAGGUGAGGCUCAUGAGUGAUGCUGUGAGCACAAAUGAAGACGUGGGGGUGUUGGAGCUGCUUGUCUAUGUGGAGGAAAUCGAGGACAACACGCCGCCGCAGUUGACUCUCCUGGGAUCCUCGCCUCUGAAAGUGGAGGUGGAGUCCGUGUUUUCCGACCCUGGUGCGACGUGCGUCGAUGACAUCGAUGGAGUGCUCAACUCCAACAUCACAGUUCUGGGAUAUGUGAACACCAGCCAGCUGGGAGAGCAGGACCUUCUAUACAUCUGCGAGGAUUCCUUCGAGAACAGUGUGAAUCAGACUCGCCGCAUCAUCGUGCUGAAUUCCGAGCUGCCGGUGCUUGAGCUUGUAGGGGAGACACGUGUCUGCCUGGAGGAGGGUGUCCCGUAUGUGGAACAGGGUGCAACUUGUACCGAUGCCGUAGAUGGAACCUAUCCGGCGACGAUUGCAGGCAACGUCGACCCUGAUGUGCUGGGAAACCAAAGCAUCUUUUACUCCUGUAGCGACAGUGCCGGGAACAACGUCACGGUUGCAAGGACGAUUACGGUUGUGUCCAGCGACAUGCCCGGUAAUCUGUUCCUCACCAGUUAUUCUGCUGAGAUCGGUGGGGUCACGGAGUCAUUUGCACCCCAAGUGCUGGGCGAAGGCGUGAAUCCGGCGACGGACUUUGCAUUUAACUGGUCUGGCGACGUGGCUGCCGGUCCCGAGUUCUGUCGGUUCAUCUCGGUCUAUGAGUCCCUACCUAAUGGAAGUCAAGUGCUCGUGAAGCAGUACGAGGGUUUCAGCCUUUUCAGCUUGGGCGUUCUGGCCCAGGGGCAGCUCCAACUGGCACAGGGUUCAGAUGCAUCCCUGAGUGCAGGGCUAAAGGAUGCGACGUCCUACACCAUAGUGUUAGAUGAACUCUUGGUAUUCGACCAGUCCGGAUAUGGCAAUGCACGACAGUCCCUUCGAAUCCUCACUGGUGAUUACUCCCCACCCAUCUUGCUAGAAUCGCAGCCGCCCGCUAUGCACCCAGCCUGGCCCUUGUCAGCCGGCAUCAGCUUACGCUUUGACGAGCCCGUUCUCCUCGGAAAUGCUUCUCUGCGAAUCUUGGAUCCUCGGCUCGGUCGUGAGGAAGAGGUGCCCUGCGAUGGCUCUUCGUCGACAGGAGGCCUCUCAGUGAAAGUGCAGAACAGUAGCAUGCAGAUUCUUGGCUUGGACGCGAUCUGGCAGCCCUGUGCGGAAUUCCUCUUGACCGUUGAUGCUGCCUGUGUCCUGGAUGUAUCACCCAACACAAACCCCUUUCCAAGACAGAUCCUCCCUUUCGCGACAUCCUGUGUCAUCGGCGUCAGCCCGGCGCGGAACAGUCUAGAGGUCUCACCCAGGAGUCCCCUGACCAUUACCUUCUCGGAGCCGAUGGAGUGGACCUCCUCUAACGUCUCUGGAGUCUUGGUUCAGAUCGUGAAUGAGAGAGAGCUUCGAGUCGGCCCCGGGGAUUGGCCGUAUGUGUACAUUUUGGAGGCCAUUCUGACCGUGGACUUGGCAUGCGUGACGAAGUAUUGUGCCAUUCACAGUGCGCUCCCGAACGUGACGGCGCGAUUUUCCUCGGGACUUUGCAGCGGGCUCUUGUCUCAGCAGUGCAGGGGGAAGCUUCACCAGGUGCUCCUCGAAUCGGGGACCUUGGACCGGGCCAAUGGAUCCUGGCCCCUGGGCUCCGUCCUCAACGGCACGGUGCUUCCGGCGCAGCUCUUGGAGGACCCGUACUACUUUACCCUCGAGCCGAUCGAUGCGACUGCCCCGCAGCUGCUCGCUAUGGAUGUUGCCCUGGUUUCCGAGAGUCAGGUGAACGUUUUGGUAAGCAUCAACGAGGGCGGCCAUGUCUACUGCGCGGCGUGGGAGCUGGCUGGGCCUGGGCCCUGCACUUCGGAUGUCCUGCUUGUCACGGAGUACAGCAACGAUGUCUGUAAUCAGACGCAGACGGAAUGCAGAAACUGCGAGGCGCCGAGCUUCGGAUGCUUUGAUAGGAGCAGCAUGUGGGUGGAUGAUGGCUGCUCUGGGCGAUUCCUCUUGGAGGGGAUUGAACUGGAUUGCCAAAGUUCGGAGAAGGACGCCACCAUCCAUGAUGCUGCCUUCCAAAACGUGAUAUCCUUGGGGCAUCGACAUGCCUGUGCUCUCAGGAAGACAGACGGGUCAGCGGCUUGCUGGGGCAAAUCAGAUUACAUUGACCCUGUGACAUUUGCAGCUCCGGCAGGUACUUUCGUAUCCAUUGCUGCAGGCUAUUUGCACACCUGUGCGAUUCGAGAGGGCGGGGACAUCCUUUGCUGGGGUACCGAUGUGCACGGAGAAACUGCAGGUCCCGGAACCAGCGAUUUGUUUGAAUACAUUACCAGUGGAUACCGCUUCUCCUGCGCUCUUAAGGUUACUGACAGGAGAGCGGUGUGCUGGGGCCUAGAUGAUAGUGGACAGGCGACGCCUCCAGCUUUCCCAUUCUUGACCAUUUCAGCUGGCUACAAGCACGCCUGUGGAAUUCGGUUGGUUGACAACGCAGUUGUGUGCUGGGGCCUGAAUGACUUGGGUCAGGCGACUCCUCCGGCGGGGGAGUUCUUGGCUCUCAGCGAUCGCGGUGAGACGAUGUAUCAGGGUAGCUUGAGUGCAGGAUGGUUUCACACCUGUGCUGUGCAGAUGGGGUCAGCCUCCAUUCUGUGCUGGGGCGACAAUAGCAAUGGUCAAACCGAUGCGCCAGAAGAUGCAGCACAGUUUCUGCAAGUGGUCGCUGGUCGGGCUCAUACGUGCGGACUCCAGCGGGUGCUCGCAGGCCAAGGGCCAGGUGUUGUGAAGAACGGAACAGUGAGGUGCUGGGGAUUAGAUGAUCUCAGCCAGAGCUCCCCACCAGUCUCGUUGCCAAAAAUUGGCGGCAUCGCCGCAGAUGAUGACUACACGUGCGGCCUCGCAAUUGAAGAUGGGCUGCCUUUCUGCUGGGGGAAGAAUGAUUUCAACCAAGCCGAUCCCCCGGCAGAGCACCUCGGCCUACCGGACGAGUUUGAGAACGUCACCUGUGAGACUGACACGACGGCCAGCAGCAAGAGAAUCAAAGGGCUUUCGGGAGUCCGGGAUGCGAGUGACGACGUGCCGGCGUACUACAGCCCCACUCGGGGCUGUGCCGACGGCCACCUGUCCUUGACCGGCCUUCGCGAGGGCGUCAACUACGGGAUCUACUGCACUGCCGAGGAUGAUGAAGUACCGAUUCCCAACAUCAUGAGUGAUCAAGUUGUUGCUGCAGCUGGUCGGGCCGUCACGAUGCCAGACAGGACCCCGCCGACGCUUAGCAUUAGUCGGGUAGACGCAGGUGUCGCGAGCGCCGUGCUAGAGGUGCUGCUUAGCGAGCCAGGCCUCAGGGUUUGCUGCGUGGCGGUGCUGGACCAAGAACCUGUAGUUUCGGCGGCCGAGAUUCUGAAGGUGGGUACAUUUGGGCAUGCCAGUGCGAGCGGAACUGUGGCAACUGUUCGCUUGGAAGGGCUCUUGCCUGACACCGAAUACGAUGCCUAUUGUGUCGGCGAAGACCUGGCAGGCAACUGGGGCACCGAUCUCUCAAUCCUGCAGAGCAAGCGCGACUUUCAUGUUAUGCGGGACCUUACACCCCCACAGCUUCUUUCUACCGAUCCGAUCUCGGGCAGUACGCUGUCAUGCGCCCCGGAUGGAGUCGCUGCUGGAUGCUUAAUACCUCCCCUGGUGCUCCGUUUCGACGAAGACAUCUUCAGGGGCAUAGGCAACAUCACCGCUGUUUGUUUGAACAACCCAGGCAUUUGUGUCGAUGUGGUCAUGCAAAUGGAAGUGGAGUCAUCGCAGACGGGAACAUCUGCCAUUGUGCACGAGGAAAUCACUGUUAACUUUGCCGUGCCACUAUCUGACGCCUCGAAUUUCAAGGUCGUUAUCGAUUCCGGAGCUCUGCAGGACAUGGCCGGAAAUCCUGUCAGUCUCAGCGAUACGUGCCAGUUCUGGGUUCCUGCAGGUGCAGAGGGGGCGCGCCCUGAUACCUGUGCCGGGACUUUCACCUUCUGGACUCCUUCGUAA